UGAGGGUUGUGUUGUAAUGUGUCCUUUUUAACCUGGCGGUCGUGAACGCGCCACCAGGAUCCUGGCUGGCUGAGAGUCUGCGGAGAUUAGCAGCAACAGUCUGUUUAGUUUGUCCUUUUUUUUUAUCCGCCAUAUAAAACAUUUUUUUACGAACACAUGGACACCUUUUGGAUCACGAAGACACGUCUCUAAAGGAUGACAUGUCCUAGGAAAGAAGACUGAACGCCACUCGCCUGCUCCCCACCCCUGGCUGAAGAGCAAGAACUUUCCGAACGCUGUUUCCUCCAAAACAGAAGAAGACGACUUUUUACUCCAUUUUUGUCACAUUAUUCGACGCCGUCACUCCAGUAAAAGCCCCCCGCCGGGAGUGUUGAAAAUGUAUGGCUUGCACGUCGUGUCGCAAACGGUCUUGGAGCAGCUUCAACAAGAACCAUCUGAUUAAAGUCGUCAUCUCCAGUCUUCAGACGCAUCUAAAUGUAAUAAAGGCUCAUCUUUACUGACUAUGGACAUGUUUGCCCGGCCAAGCGGUGAGAUCCAGAGGAGGAACCCUCAGCAUGACUUUGAGCUCAUUCAGAGAGUGGGAAGCGGAACUUAUGGAGAUGUUUACAAGGCUCGCAACAUACAAACUGGCGAGAUGACCGCGGUCAAGAUCAUCAAGCUGGAAGCAGGCGAUGACUUUUCCAUCAUCCAGCAGGAAAUCUUCAUGGUGAAGGAAUGCAUGCACCACAACAUUGUGGCCUACUUUGGGAGCUACCUCUGCCGAGAGAAGCUUUGGAUAUGCAUGGAGUACUGCGGCGGAGGAUCCCUGCAGGACAUUUAUCACGUGACGGGUCCUUUAUCAGAGAUGCAGAUUGCGUACGUCAGCCGGGAGACCUUACAGGGUUUGGAAUACCUGCACAGCAAGGGGAAGAUGCACCGAGAUAUCAAGGGAGCCAACAUACUUUUCACAAAUGACGGAGAUGUGAAAUUAGCUGAUUUUGGCGUAGCGGCAAAAAUAACAGCCACCAUCGCCAAGAGGAAGUCUUUUAUCGGGACGCCUUACUGGAUGGCUCCAGAAGUGGCAGCAGUGGAGAAAAAUGGCGGCUACAACCAGCUGUGUGACAUCUGGGCUGUGGGCAUCACGUCAAUCGAGCUGGCCGAGUUGCAGCCGCCUAUGUUUGACCUGCACCCCAUGAGGGCCUUGUUUUUGAUGUCAAAGAGCAGCUUCCAGCCUCCCAAGCUAAAAGACAAAAACAAAUGGUCCGCGGCCUUCCAUAACUUUGUCAAAGUGUCUCUGAACAAGAACCCCAAGAAGAGGCCCACAGCAGAAAAGCUCCUCACACACGUGUUUGUGGGGCAGACGGGUUUGACAAGGAGACUCGCCGUCGACCUCAUGGACAAGAUGAACAACCCAGACAGCCACCAGCUUUUCAGCGAGGUGGACGAUGACGACCUCGAGCCCGCCAUUGCGGUCAGACACACCAUCCGCUCCACCAACAAGAAAGCUCGAGCAGAGAGGACGCGCUCAGAGAUGGACUCAAACAAUGGGACAGACCAAGGAGGGCCGUGCUCCCCUCCCUCACUGGGGGGCCAAGCAGUUGACAAGCUUCAGUUUGAACCGCCGCUGAGGAAGGAAACGGAGGCCCGCUCGGAAAUGGACGCCAGCAAAGAUAAUGACUUCCCGUCCCCCUGGAGUCCCUUUGCAGAGGGAGGAAUAACAGCCAGGAGCCUCCUCAAAAGCGUUGAGGACGAAUUGUUCCAACGGGGACACGUCGCUCAUCUGGAAGACUUGGAAGACGUCGAAAUCACUACACUCAAGCCAGGGUAUCCUCCUCCUCGGCCCCCAAAGCCCCGUGUACACAGCCCCUCCGAGGAGAUUGGCCUCAACGAUGAGCGGUCCCUGACGGUGCGGCGCUUCCCCAACUCGGAGAACGGACCGAGCCAAAUGGUGCGCAGGCAGAGCACGCCAGAUCACGGCCACAAGGCGGGGGGCUCGUCUCCGGAUUUUCUCUCAGUCAGCGUCAGCAGCCCCGGGCUCUUGUCCCAAGCCUCAGACCAAGCUGUCAGUAAAUCUGAAUGCAAAGACGAUGACUCUGAUGGCAGCGAGAAUGGCGGCAGCCCCAAGCCAGCACCCAACCGAGCGUGUCGGAGGAUGAAGAAGGAAUUUCCUAAACCAGCGAUCAACGGUUUGCCGCCUACACCCAAAGUGCUGAUGGGAGCCUGUUUCUCCAAAGUGUUUGAUGGAUGUCCUCUGAAGAUCAACUGUGCCACAUCCUGGAUCCACCCGGACACCAAAGACCAGUACCUGAUCUUUGGGACAGAGGAUGGCAUCUACACGCUGAAUCUGAAUGAGCUGCAUGAAGCCACAAUGGAGCAGCUCUUUCCCAGGAAGUGCACAUGGCUGUACGUUAUCAACAACAACCUGAUGUCUUUAUCGGGAAAAAACUUCCAGCUGUACUCCCACAAUCUCAUCGGGCUGUUCGAGCAGCUGAAGAAGCCCGGCUUGGCCGCUCAGUUCCAAACUCACCGGUUUCCUGACAAGAUUCUCCCCAGGAGGUUUGCCUUGACGACCAAGAUUCCGGACACAAAGGGCUGUCACAAGUGCUGCAUCGUGAGGAACCCGUACACGGGCCACAAGUACCUGUGUGGCGCUCUGCAGUCUGGCAUUGUCCUCUUGCAGUGGUAUGAGCCUAUGCAGAGGUUUAUGCUCAUUAAGCACUUUGACUUCCCGCUCCCCAGCCCGCUGAAGGUGUUUGAGAUGCUGGUGGUCCCCGAGCAGGAGUACCCUCUGUUGUGUGUGGCCAUCAGCCAGGGCGCAGAGCCCGGCCAGGUGGUCCGCUUCGAGACCAUCAACCUCAACUCCUGCUCCUCCUGGUUCACCGAGAUGGGAACGACUCAUCAGCAGGUAGACGCCAUCCAUGUCACCCAGCUGGAGAGAGACACCGUCCUGGUGUGCUUGGACCAAAACUUGAAGAUUGUUAAUCUUCAGGGCAAAUUAAAGUCCAACAAGAAGCUAGCAUCCGAGCUCAGCUUCGACUUUUGCAUCGGUUCUGUUGUGUGCCUCCAGGACAGCGUGCUGGCCUUCUGGAAGCAUGGCAUGCAGGGGAAGAGCUUCAAAUCAAACGAGGUGACGCAGGAGAUCUGCGAUCCAAGCCGAGUGUUCCGCCUCCUCGGAUCUGACAGAGUGGUGGUUCUGCAGAGCCGACCCACAGACAACCCCACGGCGCUGAGCAACCUCUACAUCUUGGCGGGUCACGAGAACAGUUACUAAUCUGAAACGUGGGCAAGAAGUCACGCUUUGGACAUUUUUAUCAGGCGGAACUUCCCUGUCCUGUCCGGACCCGUUUGAGGGUCUCGGCCGCGUUACAAACAGUUUUCCUAAUGCGGUGGCUUUGAAUCCACCAGCCUGAGAGGAAGUCACACAUUAGAAGGUUCCUGUGUACAACUAUCUUCACCUGUUCUUGACUUAAGUGCCAUUCAAGCUGGUGAGUAUCUGUGAUUGCUUCUAGCAAACUAUGGGACUUUGUUAACAGCUUGAAGGUUCUGCCCUCCCAACAAAAGCAGAACACAACCCACCUCUGAGCCACGCGGGUUAUUUAAGCAAUAUUUAUUAUUAACCAUCGUCUUCAGUAAUCGGGGUAUGUCGAUGCGUGCCAUGGGGCUCAACUACCUAGCGAGCAGCUUUUUGGGAUCUUCCUUCUGCUUUGUAACAUAGUCGCAUUCAUCCUUUUCACACGUGGAAUAUAAUGUAAAAGUCUUUUUACCCUUCUUUUAUAGACAUUUUAUCUCAUUAUUUGCACCAUGUAAGCACUUUUGUACAUUGUAUUUUGUUUUUAUUUAAAAUGACAAAAUGAGGGACAAUGCUCGAUUCUGAAAACAUCUUUUGCAUUCCCUUUUGCAAAAUGUUUUAACGUAUGCUGCUGUUUUUUUGUUGUUGUAUUUUUUUUUUUUAAUAAAAAAGAGCUGUUGUUAACA